GUUCCUUCCUCGGGAAGUUCCUCUCCUUCGACUCGCUAAAAUUCUCUCUCUCCUUGAUGGCGAAGCGAGUCGUCUUCCACGAGAGAGAAGACGAAGCGAAGCGCACUGAUGUUCAGCUUCUCUAAUUCUGUAUUAUAAACCAUCGAUCAUGCCCAAUCCAACCUGUCUCGUGAAAGGAGCGAAGAACAAUGCUCAAGUGACUGAACCCUCUCUGCUGUGUGUCAUGAAUGGGAUGAGGCUAUUCUUUUAGUGCAGUUCUUAGUCUGUGGGUUUAAAGGUGAUCAACACUCAUCUGCCAGUGUUAUUCUCUUCUGCUUCCUAAGAGAAAUUGUGGGCAUGGUUUUUUAAUUUUUUUUUCCUUGACUGCAGUUUUAAGUUUUGGGGUUGCUGUAACUAGCAUGGCAUACGUUCCUCGGCAUAAGCAACAUUCGAGGGAGAGGGGUGGCCCGUCCCGUGUUCCGGCAUUGUUCGAGUGGCGGGUAAAGAAACCUCUUAUCUCGAGGCUGCCCAAUCCUAUUUCCCAUCAGAGUGGGAGAAUCGAGUAUGCAGACACGGCAGUAUCUAGAUGGUUGGCUGUUGGUUUGGAUGAUGAUGGAGAUUAUCUUCCUUCUAGCCGCUUUCUCAAGACGGUCUCUGUUGAGGCCAUUAAAUGGCUACCGGGAGAGAAACAGCUAGCCUUAGCCAAAAGUUGUGUAGCUAAUGAAUAUGAUGAAAUGGGUCGGGACCAUCGGAAGAAACCUUGGGUGCGUAUAGCCGAAACUGUGAUGCCAGAUUUGGUUCGUUCCUUUGAAGUUUUGAGGAGUGAGAUUAAGGAUCAGAGCAUGGGAGAAACAAAACCAACAGUAGUUGCUAGAUUCGGGAAAAUUCUUUUUCAUGGGAGUCCUUCAUUUCCAGUUGAAACUUGUGGGGCUAUGGUCACAGAGGCCUCAUUGAAACGGAUGAAAAAAACAUUUUACUCAAAUCUUCCUUCCUUUUAUAUGGAAAAUGUGACUCAUAAAGUCAUCCCAGAGAUUGGCCUUAGUUUUGAAGAUGAGAAGGAUAUAUAUCAUGUCAAGUUUUGUGAUAAUUCCAGGCCAGGUGUGACUAUCUGCUGCAAAUGUAAUGUCAUCAAGGCAGAGCAGCGACUUGAACUCUAUAAGGUCGAAUUAGGCCAGACGCGACACAUGGUUGUUGAUGUUUCAUGCCUCAAUAAGGAUCUGGAUGUGAGGUUGAUGUUACGCGCGAAGAGACUCUUUGUGGCUAUUAGCGAAACUGAAAAGAACAGCAUUGGGGAUUUGAUUACUUCUGCAGUUUUAGAUUCUACUGCAAAGGGGGGUUUAAGAUGGCCUCUGAGGAAGGGAUUUUCUGGGGAUAGAUACAGGGUCAUUGGGGCUUGGCAUACAGUCUCAACGUCUUAUAACAAUUCAUCCAUGAGGUUGAAGGUGAAGCAUGCCAAUCGGCAUGAUUUUAGGUACAACCAGGGGCAAGUUACUGAAGAAGUUACCCUGAAGUUGAAUGGAAUAACUUCUGAAUUGAAUGGACAGAGUCUGGGCACUGAUUCAGUCUCUGAUAUGCUUAAAGAUGCAGUAAAGAUGAUGUGGGAGCACUUCUUAUCUUGUGGAACUCCGGUCAUUUGAAUCGGCCUCUCUGUUGAUCAGUGUGUGUGUUGGGGGGAGGGAGGGAGGGUGUGUGUUUAUCUUGUGAGAAACUACGGAUUCCUAACUGAGAAUGUGCACGAGGGCUCAAAACUUGGGAGUUAUUCUUUUUUAUGCCUUGUGGAAAUGAAUUUGAUAUUUUGCUCUGGCUUUAUGUAUCCUCUAGGAAAUGCAUAGUAGAUAUUUCAUCAGCUCUGAUACUGUGAAUGUGAUGUUUAAAAUUCGAUUUGACAUAUGCUGAUCAAGAGAA